AUGGACAACCUGACGCCCCAAGACCUCUUCUCGCCCUCAAAAGCCCGCGAGCAGCGCGCCCAAGCAGCCGACUGGGCGCAGAUUGACACCUGGCUCUCCUACAGAUACUCCGGUCGAACCGUCCCGAGCUUCGAGCGAAAUGAAGAAACAUUGAAAGUGCUGCGGGAGCUGAUGAUGGCGAAUGAGCGAGCCGACGAGGAAGUAACAAUGUUCCAGAGAGUUGAGAGGGAAGCGUGCAAGGAGCUGGAAGAGGAUGAGUCUGACACACGCAAGAAAACACGAAACCUCGAGGAUGAAAAGCUCCUAGAGAACAUCAAAGCACAGCUUACCGUCGAGGGGUCGGCAGCCCUCCACGCUCUCGCCUCCACGGCCGUGGUUCUCAAUACUCCAACCGCAAACCCCGAGACAAUGGCCCACACGCUUAUCCAGCACACUUCGGCCUCACAGACUCUCACCAACAAUCUAAACCAUAUCCAAAGCCUCCAGAGAUACCUCGAGAAGCAGCAGUCCCUCCUCCGUGCCCAACUGAACGAGCUACAAUCGAAUCCCGCCUUCGCCACGCCUCCCAACCUGCAACGCCAGACCACCGAGCAAGUCCGCCAGACAAAGCAUCUACGCACAAAGAUCCGCGAAUAUGAAGACAAACUGUCAUCCUUGCAGUCUGCGCAGUCGAGAAACACUACAACCCCAGGCUCGAAGAACAUCAGCUCAGCCGAAGCAAUCGCGGAUAUGCUGGAGCAGCAGACGACGCUCAAUACGCUGAAGGAGAAGGUGGAAGCACUCGAGGAAGAAGUCAAGGAAUUUACGGGGUUGCCGGCGGACAAGGAGGCUGCGAGGAAGGAAGUGGGGAAGUUGGAGGUGAAGCUGGACAAUAUGAGGAGACGGAGAGACGCGCUGUUCGGCGAACUGGUCGGAAAAUAA